UAAGCAGCCGACGGAUGUGUUUUUUAGAAUCAAUUAAAGAAGUAUGCAAAAAUUUCUGAAGUUGUUGACGUUUUUUUUAAUCGUUGCGCCAAGAUGGACAGGGAGCGUACAAUUAAAUGAAGAUAUUGAGAAAAAAAUUGAAGAAAAUGAGAAAAAAAUAAGACAAUUGGAAGCUCAAAAUCUCGAGAACGAAAAAUAUCUUAACUUUGAGGAAGCAAUAAAUUCUACAAGAGAUUAUAUUUCAUCUUUGGAAAAUCAAUUAAAUCAGUGUCGAGAGCAGAGCAAAAAUCACACAGAUAUUCUCCAGUUGAAAAUCAAUGAUAACGAAAUCAAAUUAAAGAUUAAAGAUGAGAUUAUUGCCAAGAAAAACGCUGAAAUACAAGAUAAUGUACUACGCAUGUCUAUUCAAGAAACUGAAAUCAAUAAAAAUAAUCAACAACUAGAAGAUUACAGGAAUCUAAUAGACAACUUGAAAUCUAUUAUAAAACCUUGUGAAAAUGUAAUAUCAUUGCUGGAGUCGGGAAACAAUAAGAUUAAUCAGCAAAAUACAAAACUAGACGCAACGUGCAUUAAUUCUGUGAACGAACUACAGCAGGAAAAUACAAAGUUAAAUUCACAGCUUCAGAACAUUACAACGGAUAUAACAUAUCUAGAAAGUCAACUCACUGGUUGCGAAUUAAAUUAUACAAAUUUAGCCAAAUAUCAGAGAGAUCAACAAAUAUUAUUAGUUCAAUGUCAAAAGAAUAACGAAGAUAUUCAAAAAACGAUUGGGGAUAGAAAAUUAAUCCAAAAUGAGCUAAACGAUUGUAAAAACUACAGUUCAGACAUUGAAAAUCAGCUAAGAGUCACUCAACUGAAUUUGACAGAUUUACAAGCGGAAUUGGCGAAGAAGAUUCAAGAGAAGCCCGUAACAAUUCUACCAAAGUCUUGUUUAAAUUUGAGUCCUGGUAUUCAAGAAAUUCAACUUCCAAAUAAAAAAAAGUUGUAAUGUUCUUUGUGAUGGAGAACAAGAUUUUGACAAAAACUGGCAGGAAUACGUGGAUGGAUUUGGAUACUUGGAUGGGGACUUUUGGUUUGGAUUGGAAAAACUGCAUCUCGUUACGAGUUCAAUGCGACACCAAUUACAAAUAUCCGUAAAUUCCAUUUAUGGCUCACAUUAUGAGAAUUUUCUAUACAAUCACUUUAGGAUUGGUAAUUCAUACUCCCAUUACAAAUUGGAAUCAGUAGGAAAGUUUACAUCUGAGCAAACCACAUAUGAUCUAUUAAAAAGGAAUGUAAAUAAGAAAUUUGCAACCUACGAUGGAAUUAGCCCAUAUUCAUAUAGCUAUAAUUGCGCUGCGAAUGGAAUGGGUGGCUGGUGGUAUACUUAUUCCUGUGGAGACAGCAACUUAAACUCGCAAUACUAUGGUGAAAAGAUAUGGUGUUACGGAAAAGUAAUUUCCACAACUAUGAAAAUUCGCACAUACUCUAAUGGGUAUUGAAACUUUCAAUUUAUUAUCUUACAAGUUCAUAUUCAAUAUUUAUGUAGUGUUUUACAAAAAAAAAUAAAAACAUUUUCCUCGAAUAAUAUUUUAGAGUGAACUAAUUGUUUAUAUCUGCUAAGGAGACAGCUUUCCCUUUUUCUUUUUUUUUUCUUU